AUGGUGCCCCUUAAAGUCUAUGCUGUUUUUCUUUUGGUUAAUAUACUAGAGAUUCACGGCAGCGUCCUAGGUCCUGCUGUAGCUGCUCCCUUAGCCGUUCCUGCAGUGAGAUAUAGCCUAGUGGCUCCGCAAAAUGUCCGCCCUUUCGCAGCACAAGUUAGCACAUUUACAAGAGGACUUAAUGUUUACGCAGCACCUUAUGCAGCGGGAGUUCUGAGUGGUCCAGCGAUCGUACCUGCUCCUGCUCCAGUAUACCCUGCAGCGUAUCCAGGUGCUCCGUUUUAUUCCGCUGCAGCUCCAGCUGUAGCUCCUGCUGUUGCUCCGGUAGCGGCUCCUGCGCCCUUACUGCCAGCUCCGUUUGCUAGAUCUGUCCAUGCUGUCGCGCCAGGGUUAGUGCCAGCGCUGGGUUCUCCAUAUGCAGCAGGCCCAUGGCCUUACGCCGCAGCCCCCCUAGUAGCCGCCGCCCCUGGAUUCGCUCCCGUCGCUGCUGCGUACAGUGCCCUUCCAUACGCUCCUGCUCUCCCUUACAGCGCCCUACCAGCACCGCUCAUAGGGUAGAAGAAUAAGAGUAGGUGGGAGGCAGCAUAAUGAUAAUGUUUGAAAAAUUAUAAAAGCUAGCAAAAUUUGUAAAAUAGGUACCAACUCCAUAUUUUUAGCUGAUAAAUUUUCAAACAUUUUUCUUAUGGUCAGGCCUUUGUUCAGAAGCCAUCGACAUGUGAUCAAUUUAAAAUAGCUUUAAUGUUGUAAAUAGUGACGGCGUGUAGUAUUUUGUUACGUACAUAUUGCGC